AUGGUUAUCAGCUCGGUGACUAUACGAGCUGGUGAGCGUCUAGACGGCCUUACCGUGCAAGUCGCAGCGCCGAAGGAGAUGACGUUUACGCACGGAGGAACUGGCGGUAAGGAAAACACGUUGACUCUUGAACGUGGCGAGUACAUCACGACGAUGGAUGUUCAUUGGGGACAAAAGAGCGGUCACACACGCAUUUUUUACAUGAAUUUGGUAACGAACAAGGGCAAUAAAGUGUCGGGUGGAUCAGAGACCAAGGAGAAGGGAUCGGUGACAGCGCCCAGGGGCUACCAGCUUGCCGGUUUCUUUGGGCGGUACGGUGAUGAGAUGGACCUUAUUGGUGCACUGUUUGGUGGACCACACGGCAACGCGUUCUCUCGGAUAUCAACGAGAUCAAGUUUGGACAAACGAUCAGCUCGAUCACGCUCCGAUCGAACAAGCGAGUGGAUGCCGUGA